ACACCUUUCUCCGUAUACAUUUGCUGUUGGGUAAACGUUAAAUGGAUGGGGCCCACUUGUUGAAUAAGGAAGCCAAUGUUUCCUACUUUGUAAAGUGGAGGAUUUUGAGGAAAGUGUCUUUCCUUUGUCUGCCGAAAAUCUGCACCAAUGCUUCUUGGAGUUUAACUCUUUUAUUGGUUAUAAAAGGAGAGUAAGGUGUGCAAAGAAAAACACACCACCGAGAAAGAAGUAGGCAUCCUUGCAAAAGAGAAGAAAGAGAGGAAUAUUGUGAGUGUGUGAAAGAGAGAAAGCUAGAGGAGUGUGGUGUGUGUGUAGCAUGAAAUUCCAGAGAAGAAAAGAGUGGGAUUGUAUGUUAUUGUGUUGAGUUAUUGUGAGUUGUGAUUAUUGUGUGCACCACUGUGAGAGUUAAGAGUGAUUGUUGUAUUUCUGAAAGCUUUUAUUUUCAAUAAAAUUGGUGAAUCACGGAAUACCCCACGAACUUCUUGAUAGGGUGGAAAGGUUAACAAAAGAGCAUUAUAGGAAAUGCAUGGAGAAGAGGUUCAACGAGGCUGUGGGAAGCAAGGGGUUAGAGUGUGUGGAAGACGAAUUGAAGGACAUGGACUGGGAGAGCACCUUCUUCUUGCGCCAUCUUCCAACGUCCAACAUCUCUGAAAUCCCUGAUCUCACCAAGGAGUACAGGGAUGCAAUGAAGGAAUUUGCAGAGAAAUUGGAGAAACUGGCAGAGGAGUUGCUGGAUAUGCUGUGUGAAAAUCUUGGAUUGGAGAAGGGGUACUUGAAGAGGGCGUUUUAUGGAUCAAGAGGUCCUAAUUUUGGGACAAAGGUGGCAAACUACCCUGCGUGUCCAAAGCCAGAAUUGGUGAAGGGUCUUCGUGCCCAUACAGAUGCGGGUGGGAUAAUCCUUCUCUUGCAAGACGACAAGGUGAGUGGCCUUCAGCUUCUCAAAGAUGGGAAAUGGGUGGAUGUGCCUCCGAUGCGCCAUUCCAUUGUUGUUAACCUUGGCGACCAGAUUGAGGUAAUAAGCAAUGGGAAAUACAAGAGUGUGGAGCAUCGUGUGAUUGCUCGAAGUGAUGGAACGAGAAUGUCGGUGGCGUCAUUCUACAACCCUGGCAGUGACGCUGUUAUCUACCCUGCACCACCAUUGUUGGAGGCAAAGGAGGCAGAGGUUGUGUACCCUAAAUUUGUGUUCGAGGAUUACAUGAAGCUCUAUGCUACGCUCAAGUUCCAACCAAAGGAGCCUAGAUUUCAAGCCUUCAACGCUCUCAACUCUUCUUAGAUUCCUUCCAACUCCCUCCCCCACCUUCAUUAUAAGUCUAUAGCAACACAAUACUCUACAAGAAGAAUUUUUAUUUAUUUAAAAUAAAAAAAGGAUAAAGACUGAAAUACUGCAAGACAUUCUUAUUACAAUAUUAGUUGAUUUGUUUA